AUGAUUCGAUCGGGAAAGGAAGGAGUUGUCGUUUCUCAAGCAGGGCAGCUGGCUGACAUUUCCUUGGGUGUGGAUAGUGGCCUUGGAUACAUCCUCUUUUACCCAAUGGCACCCAAGAAAGCUUCCACUGCUUCUCAAAAGGCUCUUGCUGCCAAGAAGGCCGCCCUUAAGGGUGUCCAUGGCAAGACCACUCGCAAGGUCCGCACCUCGACUCAUUUCCACCUUCCCAAGACUUUGCGUUUGUCUCGCAAGCCCAAAUACGCUCGCAAGAGUGUCCCUCACUUGCCCCGCAUGGACCAAUACCGUGUCAUUCGCCAGCCUGUCAACACCGAGACCGCCAUGAAGAAGCUUGAGGAAACCAACACCCUUACUUUCAUUGUCGAUGUCAAGGCUAACAAGAACCAAGUCAAGGAUGCUGUCAAGCGUCUUUAUGAUGUUGAAGCCCUUCAAGUCAACACCCUUAUUCGCCCCGAUGGUAAGAAGAAGGCUUUCGUUCGCUUGACUGCCGAUGCUGAUGCUUUGGAUGUUGCCAACAAGAUCGGUUUGAUCUAG